UUCAAAUUAAAAGGAUGUGUAAUCAAAACAAAACUGAUAAUAUAAAUAAAUAUGUUGUUAUUUCUCACGCGUAUAGUUUUAUUUAGUUUUAUUUUUACUGCCAAUAUACAUUGGAAAAUAUAUGGAAUACAAUGUACUCAAGCUGAAGAAGUUAUAUUUGAAAGUAAAAUAUUGGAAAAUGAAUACAUUGUACAAUACCGGCACUAUUAUUUUCCUGCCGCAAGAAGGAAAUACCUAAACGCUGCCUUCCAAAGGACUAAUAUCUCAGCAUGGAAUAUAGUUGAGCGUCAGAAUGCUGCACUCAAUUACCCCAGUGAUUUUGAUUUGAUACAAUUAGAAUGUGACGACACAGCGAGCACACAACUAUUACAGCUUGAAGUGCAUCCGCUGGUCAAAAAAGUUUCGCCACAACGUAGUGUAGAAAGGAUACUAAAUUAUAAUCACACACGCCAACGCAUAGGACGGCAUAUAUUACGAGCGGUGCCAACCCAAAUCACUACUAUGCUACAGGCCAAUGUCUUGUGGGGCAUGGGUAUUACGGGUGCUGGCGUAAAGGUAGCUGUUUUCGAUACUGGCUUAGCAAAGUCACAUCCACAUUUUCGACGCGUUAAAGAACGCACCAACUGGACAAAUGAGAAAUCUUUAGACGAUGGUGUGAGUCAUGGCACAUUUGUAGCUGGUGUUAUAGCAUCAGCUAAAGAAUGUUUGGGACUGGCACCAGAUGUGGAGCUACACAUAUAUAGAGUAUUCACUAAUUCACAGGUCUCAUACACAUCUUGGUUUUUGGACGCGUUUAAUUAUGCAAUUUUCAAGAAAAUUAAAGUGCUCAACUUGAGUAUAGGUGGUCCCGAUUUUUUGGAUCAUCCAUUUGUGGAUAAAGUGCUCGAAUUAUCCGCGAAUAAGGUUAUAAUGAUUUCAGCCAUAGGAAAUGACGGUCCGCUCUAUGGCACGCUCAACAACCCUGGCGACCAGAGUGAUGUCAUUGGUGUGGGCGGUAUUAAUUUCGAGCAUAAAGUCGCCAAAUUUAGCUCUAGAGGCAUGACUACGUGGGAACUGCCGUGGGGCUAUGGUAGACUAAAACCAGAUAUCGUCACAUUUGGCAGUCAGGUUAAAGGCAGCAAUGUGCAUGGUGGUUGCCGUUCACUAUCUGGCACUUCAGUAGCCUCACCAGUUGUUGCGGGCGCUGUGGCUUUAAUAGCAAGUGGUGCACUAUCGAAAUUAAAUCUCAUUAAUCCCUCGUCAAUGAAACAGAUAUUGAUCGAAGGCGCCGAACGUCUACCAGAUAACAAUAUGUUUGAGCAGGGACAUGGUAAACUCGAUAUUUUAAAGAGCAUGCAGCUACUUUUAACAUAUGCGCCCAAAAUAACGCUUAGUCCUGAAUAUUUGGACACCACCGAAAGUUAUAUGUGGCCUUAUAGCUCACAACCGAUUUACCACGGUAGUAUGCCGAUCAUUGUGAAUGUCACUAUAUUGAACGGCAUUGCCGUUACGGGUGUGAUCAAAGAUGCGCCCAUUUGGCAACCACAUAACGACAAACACGGACAAGUUUUGAAUGUUGCUGUGUCCUACUCGACGAGUUUGUGGCCCUGGUCUGGCUGGAUGUCAGUGCAUAUAGUUGUAAACGAAAAAGGUGAUAAUUUUAAAGGGGUCGCUGAAGGUCACAUCAGUCUAGAAAUCGAAUGCUUACAGGAGCAACAUGAGGGUAAAAUUACGACCAAAAUCAAUUUUCCACUAAAAGUGACGGUCAUACCGAAACCGCCGCGUAACAAACGCAUACUAUGGGAUCAGUAUCAUAGUUUGAAAUAUCCGCCAGGCUAUAUACCACGUGACAAUCUGAAAAUCAAAUCUGACCCUUUGGAUUGGCGCGCCGAUCAUUUACAUACUAAUUUUCGAGAUUUAUACACACAUCUGCGAAAUGCUGGCUAUUAUAUAGAUAUCUUACGCAUGCCUUAUACUUGUUUCAAUGCCAGCGAGUAUGGUACGCUACUCAUCGUCGAUACGGAAGAGGAAUUUUUCGAUGCGGAAAUCAAAAAAAUUGAAAAUGAUGUCUACAAUGAGGGUCUGAGUGUCAUCGUAUUUGCCGAUUGGUAUAAUACAACGGUGAUGAAGAAAAUCAAAUUUUUCGAUGAGAAUACGCGUCAAUGGUGGAUACCGGACACUGGUGGUGCAAAUAUACCAGCACUCAACGAGCUCUUGAAACCGUAUGGCAUUGCUUUUAGUGACUUUAUCGCCGAAGGCUUCUUCGCAAUGGGUGAUCACUCUAUGUACAUAGCCAGCGGCACAACAUUAGCGAAAAUACCGCGUGGCAGCGAAGAUAUUGUUGUCGGUGCCGAGCUGCACGAUCAGGGAUUUGAGAUUUUGGAGAACCCCAAUGCGGCUGAUAACAAAAAAAUAUUCAAGCCCAUACUGGGACUCUUUCAAACGCAAAGCGAAUUGCGCAAACAAUAUUUAACGGUAAAUGCGCAAACGCCAACUAGCUAUGAGGAAAAUAACGUCGAGCAGCCCAACAUAGAAACUGAAAUUUCUGCCGAAAGAAAUCCAAUUUUAAAUAAACGCAUUUUACUCGAAGUAAACGUUGAUAAGCAUAAUAAACACAACAACAAUGCCAACUCACACAAUAAGCUGACGGAAAAUAAUUCUAAAAACUUGAAAGAUAUGCUAGAAACUUUAUCCAUACUAAGCAAUAGUACAAGCGGACGCAUCGCGGUUUUUAGUGACUCAAAUUGUUUGGACUCCAUACACUUGGAAAAGGCUUGCUUUUGGUUACUGGAUGCUAUACUCGAAUAUACAAUGACUGCAUAUAAAUCUGAGUUGCUACAGAAACUAAAUCGCAUUGCAGAGUUUUAUAACAAUGAUGAAGAACUACUACCGCUACGUUUAUACAGCAGUAAUUUGCAUUUACAUUCGAAAGUGAUCGAUUCGAAUAAUAAAUUCCACAAAAAGGAGACUGAGCCAUGCGAAAAUCUCAACUGGCUGCAGCCACAGGGCGUCAAUGGUGCGGAUAUACAGUUAACUACGAAGCGCCUGAAGCAAGUCGACUUGAAUUUAUUAAAAGCUAGUAAAGAUCACAAAAUCGCCGAGCCAUUAAAACCAAACGUCGACGCUAAACACAAUGCCUUGCCAUUAGACGAAGAUGAUGAGAGAACCAUAAAAGUAUCUCUCAUUUUCAUUAUGCUGUUGACAAGUGUUGUGCUCAUAUUCUUCAUAAAAUGCUUUAGAAGAAAAAGAGGCAUCUAGUAGCAAUUUAAUAGUAUUUUCUUUAUUAACAUAAUUUUUAUACACUAAUUACUUAAGUAACAAUAAAAAAUCAUAGCAACGUCACAUUGCUAAAUAAUAAUUUUAAUA